UGUUAAACCUUUAACACCCCCUUUCCUGUAGGUAUAUAAAGACGAAGUCUGACAGACUGACCAGUUAAUAUUGACAGACACCAGCAUACACAAAAGACAAGACAGAGACAAAGAUGCCGACCAGAACUCCCACUGCAAGAAUCAUGCCUGCAACCAGCAAACAUGGAAAGAAACGAGAGGUUUCUCCAACAAUAAAAAUUCCAGACUACGAACCGAACAUCUCUGAGCCCACGUGCAGAGCUGAUCUUCUAAAAUAUUGGAUUAACCUUUCCCUGGACGAAAAGACAUCCAGUAAAAUGCUGUGGAUUACUGACAGUGCUUCUUCAGUGUCACGCAAGACGGAUAAUCAAAUUUGUCCUGUUCUGGACAGGCCAGAGAGAUAUGAGUAUUCUCCACAGGUUCUUUGCAAAGAGGGCAUCCAGGACUUCAGAGCUUACUGGGAGGUGAAAUACACAGGAUGGGUUGUUGUUGGAGUUGUCUAUGAAAGGGCAGGAAGGAGGGGAAGCGACGGAUCCUGCGGGCUGGGAGAAAACGAGCACUCCUGGGGACUGGGGUGGUGUGGAUCAUGCUAUCAGUUGUGGUUCAAUGGCAACAACACAGAAAUUGGGGACAUUCCCCACUGCAAUACCAUUGGGGUGUACCUUGAUCAUCCAGCUGGCGUCAUGAAAUUUUAUGUGGUGAAAGAGGAGGGAGAGGGGGCAGAGAAAAAGAAAGAAGCCCAACUGUUGCAGCAAAUUAAAACCCCCUUUAAAGGAAGACUGAUGCCGGGUUUCUGGAUAGGACAAAGUUCCUCGUGCUUGCUUGUUGAAAAAGAAGAGUAAUCGGAGUGACUUUUUUUGUUGUUGCUUGACCUUUUUUCAAUAAAUGUAUAAAUAAAUGUAUUCUCUCUUUCAGUAUUAAAAUGUUCAGAUGCA